UGGGGGUGGGUUGUCAGAGGGUGCGACUGGAGCAAAGGAGAUAUAAACAUUUUGCAAAACAAACUCCUGGGGGUCUGCCUAGUUUUGGGGAGGGACAAAAUGCGAGGGAACAGGAGGACUCAACAGAAAAUAGUCCACAUGGAGAGGGCAUUUGGAAUAGUUGAAUGAAUGGCAUAUGGGCAAGUUUGAAAGUUGACAAGCGAAUUGAGCAAUGUGUGUUCUGCAAGUUAUUAUUUUAAAAUAUUGAUUUAGUUGGUUUUAGGGUAACCUAUGAUGUAACGUGGCUAGUCAGCUACAGUAGUUGAAGACUUUGAACAGAACACGAUACAGUGGGACAGUGAGCGCUUUAGCUCGCAACACCUCAGUGAACUGCCAGCUUUGCUUAGACUAGCAAGAACACUUCUCUUUCAGUUUAUCUUUACUCUUCUUUACGCUGUCGUCGAAUUUGUCUUACAUUUCACAGAUAAGCUUGUUGCUAACGGUUUGAUACCUGUCAAGUUUAACUUGUGGUUGUUGGACAUGGUUUUCACAGCUAGCUAGCUAAAGUUAGUCAGCCAUCAUUAAUUUGUAUUUUUCAACGUUGGACGGACUGAAUGUUCACCUUUGGGAUACUUAACGUUACUGUCAGUAAACAGCAACAAGACAACAUCAACGUUGUAUUUUAAACGAGACAAUAUGCAAAAGUUCAACUCGACACACACUAGUACUCUUUCUCGGGACGCUGAGCUUCAGCAGCGUUUAGCCGACAACGGGGGAGCCGGGGAGGCGAUGAAGGAAAACGGCGCUGGGAAGAAUCACAUCCUUGCAGAACCUGCAGACAGUUCACUCUGUACCAAGAGAAAGAUGCUGGUCGGCUUGGAUGUUUUCUGUCUGUUUGUAGCCUCCAUCCCGUUCUUUGCGUGUGAGUUGAAGGCGGUGACUCCGUACCGGAGGGGUUUCUUCUGUGGGGACCAGAGCAUCACCUACCCCUACCUGGAGAGAGAGGCCAUCCCUGACGCACUGCUCAUCGCUGGGGGCAUCGUCAUCACUGGCCUCACGAUUGCGCUGGGCGAGUGUUACCGGGUUCGAUUCCGUGAGGUGCAAUCGCGGGCCUUCGUGCGCAACCUCUACGUGUCCUGCCUCUAUAAGGAGCUGGGAAGCUUCCUGUUCGGCUGCUGCGUGGGCCAAUCAUUGACCAACAUGGCCAAGCUGAGUGUGGGGCGCCUGCGACCUAACUUCCUGUCGGUGUGCAACGUGACAUACGCCUCGCUCAACUGCGUCCCCGGCUCCUACAUGGCCCAGGUCACCUGCAGGCAGCCCAAACACAAGAUGGUGGAGGAGGCCAGGAAGUCCUUUUUCUCUGGCCAUUCCUCUUUUGCCAUGUACACCAUGCUCUACCUGGCGUUCUACCUGCAGGCGCGGUUGUCAUGGCGAGGGGCUCGUCUGCUGCGCCCGCUGCUGCAGUUCCUGCUGGUGAUGAUAGCCGUGUACACCGGGCUGAGCCGCAUCUCUGACUACCGCCACCACCCCACCGACGUGAUCACCGGCUUCAUCCAGGGAGGCCUCACCGCCUACUGGGUGGCCUUCUAUAUUUCCUCCAUGUUUAAGAACAACCGUCCAGACCUGUCUCCCACCAGCAUGUCUCUGGAGAGCCCCCUGUCUAGCCAACAGACCGUCUGCUAGCACCACCUGCCCCAACACACCCCUCCUCACCUACCUGGACGGAUGAGAGAAAAGACAGGAAGAGAGAGAGAGGGAGAGACAGUCAGAUAGCAGAGGUGAGCAGCACAGGGAGGGAGACAAGGUGUGUGAAAAGGAAGGGGGAUGAGAUAAGAGGUAGAGCAGGUAAAGAGUGUUCUAGCAAGUACACACAUGUUCUGGUGAAUACGUCAAGACACGCACGCACACGUAGUGUCACCUCUCUCUCUCACUAACACACACACACACACCAAAUCACUGUAGAGUACAACCCGUCCACAUGGAGAUAUGCAUAGUAAUUUUACAGAUAUUUUGUAUAUGAAAAACGACAAAUGUUUCUAUUUUUCAAAUGAGAGUCGUAGAUGAAGCUGCUAAUAAUAAUGAUUUUUUUCCUGUUCUAAGUAGAAAAUGUUUUAUAUGUGAUGGUGGUUAGUGGGCAGUGCAUUAGGUUAGCUCUCACAAACACACGGUCAGUCAGUGUCUCUAAAUCAUCUUCAUUGGUCGUCACUUCGUUGGUCAUCCUCUGACCAGCCUAGAUGAUGACAUCAUCAGCUGGACUCCACUUCUUCAGCUUGACGUCCCCUGACUCUAAUUCUGUGGAUGUCUCAUUGACGUCCCCUGACCCCUGACUCUAAUUCUGUGGAUGUCUCAUUGUGUGAAACGAGACAGUCAGAACUGAACUGUUAUUUCAGACCUCUACAUGGAACAACAGCGCUGCAUGGAGUGACAAACCCUGGCAACCAAUAAGGAAGGAGCACUGGCCUCGUGUGCCCUCUUUACCAGUACCCUCUCCAUCCUUCACCCUCUAACUACACAGCAACUAAUAGAGGAUGUCAUGGACAAAGACAAAAGAGAACACAUUGUAUUAAACCAAGUAUCUUAACUUCAGUUACCCAGGAGUGAUAGGGUGGAAAUCUGCUUUGCCCAGGUUACGUCCCCUCCCCUUCACUCCCACGCUUUUCCAUGUCUGUACUCUGUACUAACCACUUAAUACUGUGUCUCAUAGGCGGAGCUAUGACUGAACCCUGUAACCUUUGACCUAUUACCCUGACCUCUGAGCUGCACCUUGAGUUAUGCCACUCUCACAGGGGAGCCAAAAUGGCUGCCUCGUGUUGCCUAUGGCAGAGAUCCCCUGUAUAUUCCUAUUAAUAGCACUUGAACUACAUAAUGGAACCUACUCUGAUAGUAUAAUUGAUAUUAUAUAUAUUUUAUCUCAAGUUUGAAUAAUCAGUGUUUUAUUUCUCUUAAUAUGUCACUCUCAUACGGUAUAUGUUUUAGUUUUUUUUCCAAAUGAUAAUUAUUCAAAUUGAAUGUAAAUAGAUAUGUCUUUUUUAUAAACCACACAGAAUUUCAAAAGUAUUAUUAGUGCCAUUUUUUGACCGUUUUUUUCACGUUUAUGUGUUAUGUGUCUGUGUUGUUGAUCAGGUACGCAGAGUUGUUGUUAUUGUCAUAGCGACUAGACUGAGCCAGAGCUAUUAUCAGAAAGCUAUUUCUUGUUUCCAGUUUUGUGUUUUUUGUUUUCUCUGUGAAUGCCAGAAUGGCUGAACAUAACCACUGUACUCAAAAAACCAAACCAAUAAAAUGAAUGUUGAAUCUUUUGA